AUGGAGUCCUACCACCACAACCGCCCUCGACAUGUCGCCAUGAGAGACGACCGCAGACCAGGCGAUGAGCGCAGAGACCGAGACCACGCGACCGGAGCAGAGACCGCCUCCGUCGACCAUCACCGUCGCCUGCCCGUCGCGACAAGUACAGAGAGGACUCUCGUGAUCGAUCCCGCGGCAGAGGCGUUGGCGACUUGCGGCGCGACGCUCGAGCCAAGCACCAGCGAGACCGCAGUCGAGGACCGACUCGAGGCGACGGCCCUACAUCACCAUCCUCGAAGCGAGCGAGAAGCCGAAGUCUCGAUAGGGUUGGCGCAGACGGAAAGAAGGUCAGACGGGAUAUCAGCACGCGUCGUGAUCACAAGGAGCCAGCACCUCCUGGAGACGUUGGCCGAAGUUCACGAGGUUCUCCUCACCCGUCCCGGAGAUCACACACUCCCGAUCGCCGCGAAUACCGGUCGAAACCCAAGGAAAGGACUCGUCGAAGUCAUCGAAGCAGAUCUCGCUCACCUGACAGAGACAGGAGGCGAGACCGUCGUGAUUAUUCCCCCACUCACCGCCGCGAGCCGUCGCCUGGCAGAAGACGAGGACGAUCUCCUCUUCCCCAUCGACAAAGGUCACCCAUCAGACAGUCUUCAGCAUCUGUGA